AUGACGUCUCCAGUGAAGGUCUAUUACAGCCAGACCACCCAGACAGACAGUCGGCCUCUGAUUGGUUCCAGCCUAAGGCGAAGGCGUGUAAUGACCAAGGAUGGACGAAGUAAUGUACGCAUGGACCACAUCACUGAUAAGAGCUUCCUCUACCUCAAGGACCUGUGGACGACAUUCAUUGACAUGCAAUGGCGAUACAAGCUGCUUCUCUUCUCCGCCACCUUUGCUGGAACUUGGUUUAUUUUUGGGGUUAUCUGGUACCUGGUGGCCUUAGUCCAUGGCGAUCUCCUGGAAUUCAAUGCACCGGCUAACCACACCCCUUGUGUCAUGCAGGUCCAUACUUUAACUGGAGCAUUCCUCUUCUCACUGGAAUCACAAACCACCAUUGGCUAUGGCUUCCGUUACAUCAGCGAAGAAUGUCCUCUGGCCAUUGUUCUGCUCAUCAGUCAGCUGGUUUUGACAACAAUCCUGGAAAUUUUCAUCACUGGAACUUUUUUGGCAAAGAUUGCUCGUCCAAAAAAAAGAGCGGAGACUAUCAAAUUCAGUCAGAAUGCCGUGGUGGCCCAACAAGAAGGAAAACUCUGCCUCAUGAUCCGAGUGGCCAACAUGCGCAAAAGUCUGCUCAUCGGAUGCCAAGUUACUGGAAAGCUUCUUCAGACCCAGGCCACAAAAGAAGGUGAGAACAUACACCUCAAUCAGAUCAAUGUGGACUUCCAAGUGGACACAUCCUCCGACAGUCCCUUUCUAAUCCUUCCACUCACUUUCUAUCAUGUGGUUGAUGAGUCUAGUCCUCUCCGAGAUGUGGCCGUUCGUUCAGGUGAAGGGGACUUCGAACUGGUGGUCAUCCUUAGUGGGACAGUGGAGCCUACCAGUGCAACCUGCCAGGUCAGAACAUCCUACCUUCCGGAAGAAAUUUUAUGGGGUUACGAGUUCAGCCCAGUCAUUUCUUUGUCCUCCAGUGGAAAGUAUGUAGCAGACUUUAGUUUAUUCGAUCAAGUACUCAAGGUGUCUCCACCCUGCUGCUUUCAUGAGACUGUUCGCUAUGGAGACCCAGAGAAGCUGAAACUGGAAGAAUCAUUCAGGGAUAAGUCAGAGAAAGAAGGAAGCCCAUUAAGUGUCAGGAUCAGCAAUGUAUGA